GGGCUGCGCUUGCGCACUGGGUGCGCUACGCGUGCGCGGUGGGCGGAGCGCGCCUCUACCUUCUUUACCAGCCCAGGCUUUCCUAGCUCUGCACAACGCCGUGUGCUGCUCCUGUUUCAUUGCCCUGUCGCGCAGUGUCGCUGCCGCUGCGGAGUGGGCGUUCAGUUUUCGGGUCGUCAUGGCUGGCUACGAAUACGUGAGCCCAGAGCAGCUGUCGGGCUUUGACAAGUACAAGUACAGCGCUUUGGAUACCAACCCACUCUCUCUGUAUAUCAUGCAUCCAUUUUGGAACACUAUAGUGAAGGUGUUUCCUACUUGGCUGGCUCCCAAUCUUAUAACCUUUUCUGGCUUUAUGCUGCUUGUGUUCAAUUUCCUACUCCUGACAUACUUCGACCCUGACUUCUAUGCUUCAGCCCCUGGUCAUAAGCAUGUGCCUGACUGGGUUUGGAUUGUCGUGGGCAUCCUCAACUUUGCUGCCUACACUCUAGAUGGAGUGGAUGGAAAGCAAGCACGGAGAACCAAUUCCAGCACCCCGUUAGGGGAGCUGUUUGACCAUGGCCUGGACAGUUGGUCGUGUGUUUACUUUGUUGUGACUGUGUACUCCAUCUUUGGACGAGGACCGACUGGCGUCAGUGUUUUUGUUCUUUAUCUCCUGCUAUGGGUAGUUUUGUUUUCUUUUAUCCUGUCUCACUGGGAGAAGUAUAACACAGGCGUUCUUUUCCUGCCAUGGGGAUAUGACAUUAGCCAAGUGACUAUUUCUUUUGUCUACAUAGUGACUGCGGUUGUGGGAGUUGAGGCCUGGUAUGAACCUUUCCUGUUUAAUUUCUUAUAUAGAGACCUAUUCACUGCAAUGAUUAUUGGGUGUGCAUUAUGUGUGACUCUUCCAAUGAGUUUAUUAAACUUUUUUAGAAGCUAUAAAAGCAACACGCUGAAGCACAAGUCCGUCUAUGAAGCCAUGGUCCCCUUCUUCUCUCCGUGUUUGCUCUUCACUUUGUGUACAGUGUGGAUCCUCUGGUCACCUUCAGAUAUCUUAGAAAUACACCCUAGAAUAUUCUACUUCAUGGUUGGAACAGCUUUUGCCAAUAUCACAUGUCAGCUAAUUGUUUGCCAAAUGAGCAGCACGCGGUGCCCGACUUUGAACUGGUUACUGCUUCCUCUCCUCUUGGUUGUGGCAGCGGUGAUCGUAGGUGCAGCCACCUCCCGCCUUGAGAGCGCCCUCCUUUACACACUCACGGCUGCCUUCACUCUGGCUCACAUCCAUUAUGGCGUACAAGUGGUGAAGCAGCUGAGCCGACAUUUUCAGAUUUAUCCUUUUUCAUUGAGGAAACCAAACUCAGAUUGACUAGGAAUGGAAGAACAGAAUAUCGGCCUGUAAUCUUGACAAAGUACUGUAAAUAGAUGCGUGUAAAUACUUCAUCCAUCACCAGUGAACUGAACGGAUCUGCUCGGCAGACAUGGGAUCUCAGUGUGUGCUAUAUGGACAGCAAGAAUGAAACCUGGGCUCAGCUUGUGGAAUUGUGGACUUUCUAACUCCCAGCUUACUCUAUUUUAUUUUAUUUUUUUUAUAGAGCCAUGAGACAUUUGGUUAAGCACAGUGUACAUUAAACCAGCUAAAUGUUCCUAGCUUCCUGAGUCCAUGGCGUUUUGACUCACAAAGUUAAAGAUGAUUUACUUUCAUGUUUCAGGUCCCCGGGUUGAGUCAGGAACACUAAUGACAUUCAGAUAGCCACAGCAUGUCUUAAUAUUUGAUACGUUAUGGUCGGUCUUUAGCUGUGGAUCAUUCCCACAGCCAAAAUGUAAUGCAGAAAAGCAUCAAAAAAGUCUCUUCAGCCAGAGAUGCCAGUGACUCCAGAACAGGGUACAGUUGCCAAAUCCCGGUUGCCCUCCAGUGAACUGCCUUCCCCACCUGCUGUGGAGGUUGUCCAGUAUCCCGGCUCUUACUGUAUCUGAUAAAUGGUUUAAUUUUCUUUUAGAGUGGAGUGUUCUGCCGUUACUUAGUAGGGAAUGGGUUGUAAUUACAGUCGGCCGUUGUGGCAUAGCUCAUUGUCUAAUUGUGGCGGUUCCUCUCUCAGCAGUGCAUUGCUAGGAUUGGGUGCCUGUGAGCUGUGAUUUUUAAGAAUACGUGUGACAGUCCCAAUCUUGUGGUACUUACUUGUGAGGAUAUGCAGUAGCUCGUGAGAGGAAAUUUAAACUGGAGUUAGGAGUCUCAGAGCUCCACAUCGGCCACAGUUAGCACCCUGGCACUGUCUGUCCAGUUGCUGCUUGCUUUCCUUCUCCCUGGGGGUGAGCUGUUGUGGUUUUUAUUCUCACACAGGAUAACGAACGAGAUUGUCUCUCUCCCCUAAUUUGCCCACCUCCCUAUUUGAAGAAAACUUUUGAUAUAUAUGCCUUACUGAGUAUUUACUUCCCUUAAUAUGACUCAAAAUAAUUUUUAAGGUUUACUGACAACAUAAAAUAAUUCCUUUCACUAUAUUGUGGUUAUUUUAUAAAUCACACCUUUUUAUGAAUGUGGAGAUUUUUUUUUUCCUUUGGACUUUGUCUUUAUUUAGUUUUGUGGUGGUGAAAUUUACUUGCUGAUUUUAUUUUCCACUGAAUGAAGUUUGUGCUUAAAUGAAGAGUGUGUCUUAAACCCUUUUUUUUGGACAGGUUGCACUUGGAUAAAAUAGGCACCACUGUGUUGAUAUGUAAUUAAAUUCAUAACUAUUAUUAUCUAUGAAUGGAACCAUUCUUAAAUAUUGUAGCUCAUUCCUUUGUUGAAUAUCUGUCUGCUGCUUUGUAAAAACAAAACAAAAAACAAAAACAAAACCAUUGGUACGUCACGUAAACAUUUUAAAAUUCUAAUCAUUGUCGUCCAGGCUGUCGAAGAUAAGCCCAGGGGCUUACGUGUAUCUGGAGACAUUCUCUGAGACAAAAAAUGAAAGCAAAAAUUGGUGAGAAGUUGAUGUGAAAAUGGGUAGUGAUUCUGUGCUUGUUAAUAAAUUGCCAUCAUGGAGGCUGGAAGGUGAGCCGGUUGUGUGAGGAUAACUGUUCCGUCCACCUUGUGCUCUGUGUGAGUUUGUUAGAAGGUCCUUGUUUUCUUGACCUUGUACACAGUAAUAUUCAUUUGUAUAAAGGAAAAUAACUGAUAAAUAUUUAUAAAAUAAUGAAUUUGGACCACAGGCUUUCUUCACCUUGUACAGUAGACUGAAAAAUCAUGUCCUAUAAUUUUAGGGCUUUUUUUUUUUUUCUUUCUGUUUUUCAAAAUGUAUGUUCUCUUUAUUGCAUCAAGUGGAUUUAAAAGAAAAUGCUUUGUGCCUUUUGUUUGUUUGUUUUUAAACUUGCCUCUGUGAUAGUAAAGAAAUGUGUUUCUAGUUCUGUUGUCACUGUUGAAUGGCAGAGGACGCUGCUGGCAGGGGGAAGUGGAAGGGAGCACACAGAGUCUCAGAAUCUUGUGAACUCCCACAGAACUCAGAAUCCCUCCCAGCCUGCUCAUGCCCUCCGUCAUGGUUGUGCAUCGCGAGAUGCCCAUAUGUUGUAGCGAUACAGCGGCGGAUGCGGGCUUGAUUGUCAGGGGCUCUGUGUAUCUCUGCCACGCCCCUUCCUGUAACUUUCCCAAGUGUAAACGGUACUGCAAGCUUAUGCAUAGUGUUUCCCAGGUGGCACGGAGUUGCCCUUUGGGAAGCAGCAUCGCGGUUGGAAGUGCACACGCAUGCCUUCUGUACUUGGCCCUGGCCAGGUGCAAGUUUCUUUUCAGGCUGUGGAAAAGCCCUUUUCAAGCUUGUCAGGAAAUAAUCUCCCUGUGUUUGGGAGGGUGUGGGGUGCAAAAAACAUUAACAGUGCUUGGAUGAAGGCUGCCACCUGGUCUUUCAAUGGUAUUUAUGACCUUACUGCAGUUCACUAUUUAAAAUUGCCAUAAUCAUUGUCUUGGUUUUCAAAAAUACUAAUAGAGUUUAUAGGUUUUAGAGCAAUAGAGUGACUUUGAAGUAAAAAUAUAACCAUUCUUUCUUGGCAUUUCAAUUAUUAUGAUUGAAAUACUUCUAAUUCCAAUUUUGAAAAAAAUGUUGAGCAUGUUUAGGGUGUUAUAGUAGCACUGCUAAUAUGCCACUUGCCCACUCCUGAGGCAUUGGGAGAGAGGUGUACAUCUGGGCUUAGCACAUGCUAAAUACAUUAAGGGAGUAUAUUGUAGUCAGAGUAGGUAUGAAAGGCACCUUGCUUCCUGAAGCCGACCUCAGCUCCAUGAUCUAUGGAGGAAUAAACUGGUCAUUUGGAGGUUUUUAAGUCUAGGACGACUUCUUACCUUUAAAAUGUAACUUGAAACCUACUUGUAACUUUUCCUGUCACUGAGCAAGCAGUUAGGACAGAAACAGCUCUCUGCAUCCCGGCUGGCUUGCAGACAGAUUCAUGUGGUGAAUGCCUUAAAUCUCUUGGUUGGUGAAGGACUGGAAACAACACUGAGAAGGUUAAGCCUGAGGUCUGCAGCUUUGACUCUGGGUCUCCAAAUUAGCCAGAAACAGAUGCAGAGAUGGAGUUGGCUGUGGGGAUGCGCGUGUUUGGGAUGCUCUCAUCAUUACUUCUGGAUUUGAUCAAGCCCUCUUUAGGAACUGUGACGACAGACCAGAAUUUUCUUUGUCCAAUGAAAUGUCAUUUUAAUGCAAAAUAUCUUGAACACUCACUGUGGGUGAGUAAUUCGCUGCCCUAUGCCAGCCUUCCAGGAAGGCUUUUCCUUUAUUAAUUAUGUAAACUAGUGGCUUGUACAUAUUAAAUGUUUUGUUUUUGUUUCUAAAUCAUCUAUAAAUGGCUGACAUCACAGCAGGCAGUGACCUCGGGGUGUGUGGUGAAUCAUGGUGGUCUACCUUUUCCAGAGAGAGAGAGAGGAGGAUGUGUCUGUGAUGAGCGUGGGAAUUGGACUUGCUGGCUGAUUUAUUUCCACUGUUUUACAAACUAAAUGUAACUUACUCUCUAACCUGCAUGUUAGUAGUGUGCUUUGCUGAGAGACUACGCCAGCUGGUUACCAUCUGUAUGAUUUUUUAAGCAGAAAUAUAUUCUUUUUAUAGCUAUCUGUUGAGCUCACGUUUAGGGUAGCAGAAGGAAUUUUGACAUUUGCAGCCUUUCACAGGCAGCCUGAGCAAGGUUUGUUCAUUCAGUGAGGAAGGCUGGGUUCCCCGGAUGGAAAAAAAGCGCUACACACGCAUUUUAGAGUAUUCAAUAAGGGCUUGUCUGUCGGUAGGAAAAAACCUGUGGGUGGAACAGAAAGGAGGCUCUGGGCUUUUAGAUUAUUGUGAUUUCCCUUUCAGAAAAUCAUUCUUAGAGAGCUGGAUGGAGUCAGAGCCCAGCUGCUUUAAUGGCAGUUGGACCAUGGCCAUUGAGAGUCUAAAAUAGGAGCAGAAGCCGCUGCCCUUUCAGCAGCACUAAAACGGAAAUCAGAGAUGGUAGUGAGGCCAAGGACUGUCCAGUGCUAUGGGUCUUUUCUAUCACGUUGGCUAAGCUCUUUUAAGCAGUUUCUCUGGGUAACAGAAUUCCUGGUAAGCACGUAGGGAUGGCCUGUUGAGAUUGCUGUUUCUCAGCAGCAGGGAGCAUCAGAGCCGCCUGCCAUCUCGACUGUCGUGUUAUCAGUUGGAUAUCCUCAUCAGAGCAGCCAUCCUCCAGACAAAGACUCAGUUGUGUAUAUGGUUAGUUCAUUCAGAAUGUCCCAAGAAAGCAGAAUUCAGCACUGAACUCAGAAUUUCAGUUAAACAACAAAAUCUCCCCACUUUUGGGCAGAGUGGAAGACAAUAAUGGCCAAGGUACUCAGGAACCCAGGUUUCCUCUCCCUUCCUGCCUAACGGUGGUAACUGAAUGGUAACUGAAGAAAAUUAAAGUGCUGCUUUUGUGAGUGAGGCUUCAUGUUCUAUGCUGAGAACAGGUAACAGGGGCUGUGUGGCUAGGGGUUUAAUUUGGUGCCUUUAUGGGUAGACUUCUGAAGCAAGAGUAUAAUUUCUUCCCAGAUACUUAAAAAACACCACGAGAACAGGUGGGGUAUGUUUGCCACAAAGAAUGAAAAAGAUAGCAGAGAUGAAGAAAAAGAGGACAUAAAAUGUCUCCCCUUCCAGGUACUUUUAGUUGUAGUUGGCCUGCCUAGGGCUUUGGUGUUAGUGUAGCGUUUGUUUACUCUGCUUCCGUGUGCUCUGCAUAUGUACAUGUUUACUAUGCAUACCUGUUCUCUAUGUAUAUAUGAUAUGGUAUCUAAUGGACUUGACUCUUGAUUAUCAGCCGGGUGGCAACCCUCAUUAGUCUGUUGCUUUGUGUGGAUUUGGCGUGCCCAUGGCCCACAUGGAAAGCCACUUCCCCACCUUUCCCCUCCAGGGCAUCUCAGCCCUGAGAAAGCCCUCACAGUAGAUGAUAUUUCACUUCCCUUUCACCAGGGGACUUCGAGCCAGAAAGACUGGUUUCCAGAAUGCUGGCUAUUACUUCGGGGUUGAGGUUUCUGGGUCGGCCCGGCCCUCUUUUGGCUGGGAGGCAGCUUUGGGAGCAGUGUGCUAUGAACUCCAUCUGGGAGAUACUUGAUCUUGCUGGAGCAGAGCUUUGCCCUUGCUUCACUUUUCUGGAGUGUUGCAAGGCUUGUGAUUCCAUGUAGAGUAGAAUAUUCUCGGUAGUUUGAAUGUGGGUUUUGCAUUGUCUGUGUUCUUGUCACCGGAUUCUAGAAACCUUGAUCUUUCAACUGGAUUUAUGUUUGUGUCUGCUGCUAUAGACUCCAAAAGUUAAAGCAGUAGGUUCUAGUUUUCAAUUGUUUAAUUCUUUAUUGAUAAAUAUUUAUUGUAAUAAAAAAUAAAUAAUUUUUAAAUCUUUUU